UUGGUUUUCUGAGCCGCUUGCAUUGAGAUUUCAGAACCUUAAACGCACGACACUUUGUUUCUUGAUAAAAAAAAAAAGAAAAGAAAGAAAAAGACAAAAACAGAAAGAAGAAAUGUCGUGUGUUGAGGCUGCAUUGCACAGAAGUUGACCCCCACGCGUCAUGGUCGUGCAUUCCGCAAGAUCUCGCUUCAGAUAGUGUUUUUUUUUUUCAAGCAAAUAGUCAGUAGAAAUUUGCAGGAUUUCAGGAAGAGAUUGAUGAAGGUUUUAUUGCUGAAUUCAGGUUGAAUUCUUUUCUUUUUUUUUUCCUCGGGAAGAUGCAGGCCUCCUGUCAGAUCUUCAAGCUCGUGUGAUUUCUUGGACUGUGAUGUGUGUGUGUAUGUGAGAUGCUCCAGCUUAAUGCGUCCAUGGGCUCAGAGCGGGUGGAGAUGCGUAAGAGACAGAUGCAGGUUCAUCAGGAAGCAGCUGCCAGUGUCCUCCAAGCGCGCCACAGAAUGGGAAACACCCCCACCACCAACGCCUCAAACGCCUGCUGCUUCUGCUGGUGCUGCUGCUGUAGCUGCUCCUGUCUGACUGUUAGGAGUGAGGACGAGACAAUUCAGAGAUCCACUUUUGAACACAGGACAGAGGGAAUAACUAACUGUGAAGAAAGCCCGAAGCCUAGUCUGGAAGACGCCCGCUCCUGGACGAUGUCGUUUGAGAAGGUGAUGAAAAGCGCGGCGGGUCGCGGCUGCUUCAGGCAGUUCCUGCGGACAGAGUUCAGUGAGGAGAACAUGAUGUUCUGGCUCGCCUGCGAGGAACUCAAAAAGGAGACCAACAAGACUGUGGUGGAGGAGAAAGUCCGUCAAAUAUACGAGGACUUCAUCUCAAUCCUUUCCCCUAAAGAGGUCAGUCUGGAUUCUCGCGUUCGGGACGUGAUAAACCGCAACAUGCUGGAGCCGACCUCGCACACAUUCGACGACGCUCAGCAACAGAUCUACACGCUGAUGCAGAGAGACUCGUACCCCCGCUUCAUAAACUCAACCGCGUACACAGAUCUGCUGAAGAGCCUGGAGGAGCCUCCCCCUGAGCCAUAGACUCUCCACUGCCACACACUUAGCUUUUCAAUAUGGCGCAUGCGUCCCACCCGAAGGAGUUUUGUGUUCCUCUUGGAGUCCUGCUAUUUAGAGAGACAGACAGGAAAAUGAACACUACUUAAAACCGGUCUUUAUCCAGCUGUAACUGCUGUUUAUUUACCCAUGAUUAGCUUACCAAAAUCCUUGGAGCAAGCAAGAACAAAUGCUAGGUCCAGCAUCAGUUACUUGUUCGAAAAACAUAUCUAUAUUUUUAUAUAUUCCCAAACGCUUGACAUUGCACUUUUCUACCUUGUUUAAUGAGGGAAAGCAUGUAUCUGUGAGCACUGCAUCUGUAUUUAGGUAUAUUGUGAGCCUUAAUGCAUAUCCAGUCCUUGUAGAAACUAGUAGUUAUUUAGCGGUAACUUAAGAAGAAGGAAAGUGCCUUGGAAUAAGAUCUUCUACACUAGCACCUUUGGUCUAACAUGAAUGGUGCGACAACGACUUCAUAUGUUGGUGCUUUCAGCUCUUCUCAAAGAUAAACGUUUUUACAUCUCAAUGAGCUGAUACCCGGAAAUAGAUCUUGUCUGUGUUUCAAUACUGUGAUAUUAGUCAUACUAUAUUUAAUUUAAACUAAACAGGGAAAAAUAAACUGAAUACAUGACCAUGACCACUGAUAUAUUUGUGUAUUUAAAAAGGAAUUUGUGUGAAAUAGCUGAAUUCUCACAGAUUAAAUAAAGCACAAUCGUAUGUU